AUGUCAAAAUUGAAUGAUAAUAAAAAUCUAAGUACGAAUGAUUGUUUAACUCCAAUUGAAGAUGUACCUGGUGUUAUAAAUUAUAAUAGCCUCGUAAAUUUAAUUAUCGAACAAGCGCCGAAAGGUGAACGUGGUCGACUUUUUCGUCAAGAUGGAGUUAAACUGGAUGAAGUCACUGAAAUACGCAUAGAAUUUUCAAAGAUUUUGAAAAUUGAUCAUCUUUGGAUAAUGAAAAAUUUGACAAAACUCACAUUGUCACAUAAUAUUAUUGAUAAAAUUGAAAAUCUGGAUGCUUUGAUAAAACUUCAAGAGCUUGAUCUUUCAUUUAAUCGUAUUACAAAAAUGGAAAAUUUGAAUCAUUUAAUAAAAUUAGAAAUUCUUAUUCUCACUGGAAAUAAAAUAAAUGAUAUUGAAAAUAUUGAUGAUUUGAUAAAUCUUAAAAUUUUUAGUAUCGCUAAUAACAAAAUUGAUGAAUGGGACCACGUUUUAUAUCUUAGAAAGUUCAAAUAUUUACGGAGCAUAAACAUGACAGGAAAUCCUUGUACUAAAAAAGAAAAUUAUAAUGAUUAUCUUGUGGCAUUUUUACCCCAGGUUAUUUAUUUUUCAUAUGUACUAAUAAGUGAUGAUAAACGAAAUAGUUGCACUCAAAUGUAUCAACAAGCUAUUUUUAAAGUCGAAGAAGAAGAAGCGAUUGUAAAAAAUGAAAUAAGUAGACAAUUUGCUUUAGGAAAAAAAAUGGCUAACGAUUUAUUGUGUUUCGUUGACCAGCUAGAUGGGGAUGAAUUUUUUGAACUAAUUUUCAAAUAUGACGAAGUCUUCGAAGAAUGUAAACAAAAAUUUUCGAUAGUUUGUCACGAAUUGUAUAAAUUUGGAAUAGAUCAACAUUCUCUAAGAGUUAAAGAGAAUGAGGAAUUCAAUUCAGUUGUCGAAAAAGCUCGAGAAACUGUCCGUGAUGAAGCAAGACAAACAAUAGAGACUAUAAAAAUAGAAAGAAAUGAAAUCUUUAAAAAGUUUGACAGCUUAAUGGCUCAGUCAGUAGAUAACGAAUUAUCAAAUGAGGAUAUCAAAAUUGACGUUAAAAUGAUUAAAGCUCAAGAACUCGCUAAGGAAUUCAAUGAAAGCUUAUCAAAUAUGUGGACAAAACUCAUGUACAGCCAUGUUGUUUUGCACGAACAAAUAGAGGACAUUUAUGAAAUAUUUAAAAUAAAUAUGACUGAUUUAAAAGAUUCAUUUGUAGAAUUUGUUCGUAAAACGUUUUCUCAAAUGCGUGAUAUUUUACUUGAAUAUCGCGGCGCAAUCAAUGUUGUUAUUAAUAAUUACAUAGCUAGUGUUGAUGAAUCAAUUAUGCCUUCACAUCUUGUUAAUAUUUGUGGUGACGUUGAUAUUUUGAAUAAUACUUUAAUCGCUUCUCAUGAUAUUCACAUACAGACAGUUGAUAAUCGUGAAGACAGUAUAAUUGAACGAAUAAAUCUUUGGCUUGAAGAAUUAUUAAAUAAUUUUAUCACGCAAGAAAAUAUUCGUCACCGCCAACGGAUACUAGAAAUCUCCCAUUUUUUGCAGUUUCAACGAGAACAAAUGCAUAAUCACUUUUACAUUAAUGACUCAUUUGCUCUAGAUGUUGCUGCUGCUCUUGAAGGAUAA